AUGGAUGAGUCGAAAUCUAUGGCCACUCCUAUGGAAUCUUGCUUAAAGCUUUCUGAAGAUGGAGGAAAGUUGCUAGAAGAUGCAACAGCUUUCCGAAAAAUUGUUGGUAAUUUAUUCUACUUAACAGUCACAAGGCCAAAUAUUUCUUAUUCUGUCGGAGUUAUUUCUCAAUUCAUGGAUGAACCGUGUGAGAGUCCCUUAGCUGCAGCUAAAAGAAUAUUUCGCUACAUCAAAGAUGCAAACUGGGCAUGUGAUAUAAGUGAUAGACGCUCGAUGACAGGGUACUGUUUUACUACAAGCUCAGCUGCAAUCUCAUGGUGUAGUAAUAAACAACCCACCAUUGCACUCUCAAGUUGUGAAGCAGAGUAUGUUGCAGCAACAAUGGCUACUCAAGAAUGCUUAUGGCUGAAGAGACUCUUUCAGGAAUUGAUGUGA